GGGCUGCGGCGCAUGCGCACUGAGGCGGGUGAGGCGCUGGCGCACGCGCAGAGCGCCCCCCCGACGGGCGGGAGGGACCAUGGCGGCGCUGGGGGAUGCGCUGAGGGCAGCGGCGGCCGCGCUGCUGCUGCUGAGCUGGGGCGCCCAUGGCCUCUACUUCCACAUCGGCGAGACUGAGAAGCGCUGCUUCAUCGAGGAGAUCCCCGACGAGACCAUGGUCAUCGGCAAUUACCGGACCCAGCUGUGGGACAAACAGUCCGAGUCCUUCCUGCCCUCCACGCCGGGGCUGGGCAUGCACGUGGAGGUCAAGGACCCCGACGGAAAGGUGGUGCUCUCUCGCCAGUACGGCUCCGAGGGUCGCUUCACCUUCACGUCGCACACGCCGGGCGAGCACCAGAUCUGCCUGCACUCCAACUCCACCCGCAUGGCCCUGUUCGCCGGGGGCAAGCUGCGGGUGCACCUGGACAUCCAGGUGGGCGAGCACACCAACAACUACCCCGAGAUCGCCGCCAAGGACAAGCUGACGGAGCUGCAGCUGCGCGCCCGGCAGCUGCUGGACCAGGUGGAGCAGAUCCAGAAGGAGCAGAACUACCAGAGGUACCGCGAGGAGCGGUUCCGCAUGACGAGCGAGAGCACGAACCAGCGCGUGCUGUGGUGGUCCAUCGCCCAGACCAUCAUCCUCAUCCUCACCGGCAUCUGGCAGAUGAGGCACCUCAAGAGCUUCUUCGAGGCCAAGAAAUUGGUGUAGCCCCCCACUGCCCCCGGGGGGCUCCCCAAAACCCACCCCCACCCCAGCAGGGGAUCCCACCCACCCUGGGGCACCCGGGGGCUCUCCAGAAUCCACCCCACCCACCCUGGGGUGCUGAGGAAGGAUCCAGGGGAGCCCCCCAAACCCACCCCACCCACCCUGGGGUGCUGGGGAGGGACCCUCACUGCCUGCUGGGACCUUGGGGGGCGUGGGCGGGUUUGGGGGGUGCAGAAAGGGGCCACCCCCCCUUGGUGUUGUUUUUGAUGGGGAAAUAAAGGUUUUUUGGUUCCACCAA